AUGAACAAAGAACUGUCAUCAGCUUUUCGUUCGCUAUGGAGAGUUGGAAUGACGGCCGCACUCUCUACCAAAUUUCCUGGCCAUAGAUUCGUCUAUCGAGAUCUCUUACGAGACGCAUGUCGAAAGCAUGACCCUUCCUACUUUUCUCAAGAGCGUGUCCUUAAUACCGUGAUGUUUUUACAAGCAGCAUCCUCAAAAGGAACCCUGGAGCAUAAACUUAUGAAAAACAGAUUUCACAUCCAAAUGUUUCGAAGAAAAGAGGGCAGGCGAUUGGUCCACCUCUCUAGUCCCAUGGAACGAGAAUAUUUUGUAUCUGUUUACGACACUUACGAAGCUUGUCUCAAAAAAAUUGGCCAAAUUUACGAUAUUUACUUACUGUAG